GGCUGUCACGCUGAUAAGCCAAGAAGGAAGAAAGCGAAUGAUGCAAAUCAUACUCCUUGUGAUUUUGCACUUCCUAGUUUAGUUCCUACUCGACCGUGCAAGUAGAAUGUCACUCCCUCAGGACAAAUCUGCUGGGAUGUUUGGGCUCAGGAUUCUGUUGCUACUGUUUCUACUCCCGAUUUACCACGCCAUCAUCCACGACUGCAACCACUUCCUGAACAGUGUGUACACGAUUCGAUAUUGUGCCCUCACGAACAUUAGUGUAACUCACGAUGCCGAAGAGGUCGUUUUCCGGUCCGAGUAUCCGAGACCGUAUAACUUCGAGUUCUACGAUUCGCGGCUAACGGAAAUUCCGCGCAUCAUGUUCACCUCAUUUCCGGAAAUGCAAAACUUGGACGUCUCUCGGAGCCAAAUCGAGAACAUCAACAAGUACACCUUCGAGCAUGCCAAGGAGUUGCGCUAUCUGAACCUGUCCAGCAACCAGCUGACGGUUUUGAACGACUUUGUGUUCAAAGGAUGUGACAAGUUGAUGAGGCUGGAUAUUUCCAACAAUCGUAUCGUCGAGGUGAAGGAAAAGGCGCUUUAUGAUGCUACCAAAAUCGAUCAUCUGGAUUUGUCGAAGAACGAGCUGCACGAUUUGGAUAGGGAUUUGUUUUCGAAACUGAACCUGCUGACGUAUCUGUCGCUUGCAAAUAACAAAUUGAGCAUGUUGCAUGAUAAUCUGUUCGACAAUUGCAGCAUGAUUGCAUAUCUAGAUCUGAAGGGCAAUCGUAUUCAUAGUUUGAGUGACAGUUUUCUAAGAAGUUUAAUUUAUCUGAGGACUUUGGUCAUCGAUAAUAACAGUUUAACAACGCUGAAAAUUCCACCUCAACUGACGAAGCUGUUCGCGGCGGAAAAUAACCUCACCUCGGUGUAUACGGAAGACUCCUCGAAGUCCCAACUUUAUCUGCUGAUGUUGUCCGGAAAUAAUUUGGCGGAUAUCAAAAACAUUACGACACUAGAAAGUAUAGUCAUCUUGGAUUUGUCCUUCAAUCCGAUCGGUCCGUUGAAUCUUACAACGUUCCUCAGGCUGAAAAAGUUAACCGAUUUGAAUUUGGAAGCCACUAAGCUAGGAACACUGGAACACGGUAUUUUUGCUCAGCAAUCGAAACUUCGACGGUUGGAUAUAUCGUACAAUGCUCUCCGCGUCAUCGACAUCACAGUGCUAACUUCCACGCCCAGCCUGGAAAAGUUAUUCGUCGACGGAAACGAAAUCCGAGCGAUCAAUUACGAGCACAUUCCUGAAUUGUUCCCGAAUCUCACCUACCUUGGACUGUUUGCUAACGCUUGGAAUUGCUCCUAUUUGACCACUCUUGUUCGAAACUGCAACCGAAGAGGAAUAUCGGUGAGUCCAACGAAAGCCUACGGCGAGGUAUCACACCUGACCAACGUGCAAGGAAUUUACUGUGCCAGCUCGGAUAAAGAGCGAAUUUUGUUCCAACCUGUUUAUCACGACGAUGACAAUUUGGAUCGUGAAAAAGAUGUGCGCUUGAAGCUGAUGGCAGAGAAACUUAGUGCGACAGGGUUCGACCAGGACUCGGUGGUGGAGCUGCUAGAAAUGAUAAGGCUGGUUAAUACGACCAGCAACAGUCAGCUGGAGGAGGUGCGAAGGAUUGCACUGCACACUGAUAGGAACUGUGAGGUGCCUUUCGCCUCGGGAUACCAAGUGUUCAUUAUGCUGAUAUUGACCACCAUCUUGGUGUUGAACGUUGCAUUUUUGCUGUAUGUUCACUACAAUGCGAAUGCCCGCAGGGCGAUAGAUCGGAUGAUCAUCUUCAGACGUGGGGAGACCGCUUCCGUUCAGACGCAUUUGGAGGAUUUUUAAAGAAUAAACAUAAUGUAUUGUCUAUGGGUAAUUAUAAAUAAGUAUUGUGGAUCAACAUGGUGUUCGGGUGUAUCAAGUAACGCGAUGAACGUGA